AUGAGAAGUGUCGGUUCUAUACAUUCAGUGGCAAACCGUUACGCAGGCCAACUGCAACUAUGCUUCUCAAGGAGCUCCAUCUCCUUCUCUCUCGCCAGUUCCAUCCACGCCCACAUGAUUGCUUCUGGGUUCGAACCGCGGGACCAUAUUCGUAACCGUUUGAUUGAUGUAUAUUGCAAAUCCUCUAAACUAGCGUACGCGAAACACCUGUUCGACGAAAUUCCUGAACCAGAUAUUGUUGCAAGAACGACGAUCAUUUCAGCUUACUCUGCCACUGGGAAUCUAAAGCUGGCGAGGGGGAUUUUUAGUAAAACCCCACUUAGUAUGAGAGAUACUGUUUUCUACAACGCCAUGAUCACGGCUUAUUCGCAUAAUGAUGACGGUCAAGCUGCUGUUGAGCUAUUCUGUAAUAUGAGACGUAAUGAUUUUAAGCCUGACAAUUUUACUUUCACAAGUGUGCUUGGUGCUUUGGCUUUUGUUGCUGAUGGUGAAAAGCAGUGCCAGCAGAUGCAUUGUGCGGUAUUGAAGUCAGGCACCGGAUGGGUUACUUCGGUUCUGAAUGCACUCAUAUCUGUUUAUAUUAAUUGUGCAACGUCGCCAUCAGUAUCAUCAACAUCAUCAUUGAUGGGUGCAGCUAGACGGCUGUUCGAUGAAAUGCCCGUGAGAGAUGAGUUGUCAUGGACGACGGUGAUUACAGGAUACGUGAGGAAUGAUGAUCUUGAUACGGCUCGGGAGUUACUUGAUGGAAUGACUGAAAAAUUGGGGGUGGCAUGGAAUGCCAUGAUUUCUGGUUACAUUCACCAUGGGCUCUAUCAAGAUGCAUUGGAAUUGUUUAGGAAGAUGCUUUCCAUGGGAAUUCAGCUGGAUGAAUUUACAUACACAAGCCUUGUUAGCGGUUGUGCUAAUGCUGGUUUUUUCCAGUUGGGGAAGGAGGUGCAUGCUCAUAUUCUGAGAACAGUGCCGAAACCAGCCCCAGAUUUUUCCCUGCCUGUGAACAAUGCACUGGUCACCUUGUACUGUAGAUGUGAGAAAGUUGACAAGGCAAAAAAUAUUUUUGAGAAGAUGCCAAUGAGAGAUGUAGUUUCAUGGAAUGCAGUCUUAUCCGGUUAUGUGAAUGCAGGGAAGAUUGAUGAAGCUAGAUCCCUUUUUAAGGAAAUGCCUGAGAGGAACGCUCUGACAUGGAUUGUAAUGAUAUCAGGAUUAGCCCAGAAUGGUUAUGGGGAAGAAAGUUUAAAGCUGUUCAACUGGAUGAAAUUCAAUGGUUUUGAACCAUGUGAUUAUGCGUUUGCAGGAGCAAUUACUUCUUCUGGUGUGCUUGGUUCACUAGAGCAAGGAAGGCAGCUCCAUGCACAGCUUCUAAAAUACGGGUUUGAGUCAAGCCUGUCAGCAGAAAAUUCUCUAAUAACGAUGUAUUCAAGAUGUGGUGUUGUUGAGGCUGCCCAUCGUGUGUUCCUUACAAUGCCUUAUGUGGAUUCAGUGUCUUGGAAUGCCAUGGUUGCGGCUCUGGGGCAACAUGGACAUGGUCAUCAAGCAAUAGAGCUUUAUGAAGAAAUGUUGAAAGCAGGCAUAGUACCUGAUCGAAUAACUUUUCUCAACGUUCUCUCAGCUUGUAGCCAUGCAGGUUUGGCUGAGGAAGGAGGCCAUUAUUUUGACUCCAUGUAUACCUUUUAUGGUAUAGCACCAGGUGAAGAUCAUUAUGCUCGUUUUAUCGAUUUGUUAUGUAGGGCAGGAAAAUUUUCAGAAGCCAAGGAUGUGAUUGAAUCAAUGCCUUUUGAACCUGGGGCACCAAUUUGGGAGGCUCUUCUUGCUGGUUGUCGAAUCCACGGAAACAUGGAUUUGGGGAUUCAAGCUGCAGAACGACUAUUUGAGAUGAUUCCACAACAUGAUGGAACCUAUGUACUUUUGUCAAACAUGUACGCUGUUAUGGGUCGUCGAGAUGAUGUGGCUAAAGUACGGAAGUUAAUGAGGGACCGAGGCGUGAAGAAGGAGCCUGGUUGCAGCUGGAUUGAUGUUGAAAAUAAGGUCCAUGUAUUCUUAGUUGAUGACACGGGGCACCCUGAGGUGCUAGCAGUUUACAAUUAUCUUGAGCAACUGGGAUUGGAGAUGAGAAAACUAGGAUAUGUCCCUGACACAAAGUUUGUCUUGCAUGAUAUGGAGGCUGCCCAAAAGGAAUAUGCAUUGUCUACUCAUAGUGAGAAACUUGCAGUUGCGUAUGGACUUAUGAAACUUCCUCCUGGAGCAACAGUUAGAGUUUUCAAGAAUCUUAGAAUAUGUGGGGAUUGCCAUAAUGCUUUCAUGUUUAUGUCUAAACUGGUACAGAGAGAGAUUGUGGUGAGAGAUGGAAAGAGAUUUCAUCAUUUUAGGGAUGGUAAAUGUUCUUGCGGUGGUUACUGGUAGGCGAUGUUUCUUUUAAUCUGGAGAUAAUACCACUCAAUAGUCAAUACCCCAUUAGAAUUUUAAGAAUCUUAGAAUAUAUGGUGAUUGACAUCAUGCUUUCAACUUGAUGUCUAAAGUGGUGGAGAUGGAGAUUGUGGGAAGAUACAGAAAGAGAUUUCAUCAUUUUAGGGGUGGUAAAUGCUCUUGCAGUGAUUACUGGUGGACAGAAAUUUUCUUAAAUUAUGGGAUUGGUUACCAUUCUAGACGGUGAUGGUUUGAACUGAUGUAAACUGGAGCCGUGCUUCAGUAUAUAUCUAGUGUCUGAAACGUAAAAAAUGUCUACCAGAGAGAGAUAUAUAUACAUUGCACUGCCUCUUUUGCCUCUUCCAAGACCCCAGACAUGGUGUUCCAGAGAUGAAAAAUCGACAAUUAGGAUUGCCAUUUGAGAUACACGAUUUGUGAUAGUUGGACCCUGCAGGGCAUAAACUGAAACGGCAUUGCACCGCACCCUUUCCAAGAUCCCAGACGUAGUUUCAAUCACGCUGAGAAGACAAUGCAACCACUAAGAUUGACAAUUGCUAAAGGGUAUGAAGGAUCUCAAUCGCGAGAGACAAAUGUUGAGCAAGCAAAUACAGAAGAAGUUUCCUAGAAAGGAGAGAGAAGUUCUUUAUCAGAAGUGGGGUAUUGGGUUGAAGACGAGGCAGAGGAGCCUAAAGUUGGCGAAUCGCUUGUGGACAGAUAUAAGAGACCUGGACCAUAUAAAGGAGAGUGCAGCUCUUGUGGCACGGUUGGUUGGGGUUGUAGAGCCCGGUCAAGUCCCUAAGGAAAUAUUUGGACUCGGCUUUGUACCUCCUCGCCCCAUGAAAAAGAGAUCUUAAAGCUGGAGAUCUUACAGCUUGAAAUCUAACUUGUCUUCUCUGCUAUGAAUCUGUUGGAGGUGGGAAGGUAAAUGUGUGGCUAAUGCUCUUUUAUUUUUCAUAUUCAGAAAGCAAAUUGUAAGGCUUUUAAGCAAUCUUUAGAAUUGGAAUUCCAUACGUGAUUUGAUUUUAACAAAUGCUGUCACUAGCCAACACUUCCAGAUAGCUUCAACCACCAAAUAUAUUAAGCUCAAACAAUUCAGAUGUAGUUCAAUAUCUUAGUGAAAAUGCAUUCCAACUACAAGCAGCUUAAAGACCCAAGCAAAUCAUAAUAACAAACCAACCCUGUUGAGAGUACCAAAAAUAAUACUCAAUUAUUCUACAAGAGCUCCGAUCGAUCCAUAAGUUACAGCAUCUGAUAACAAGCUAAUUUUAUUGCAGCAAGAAACUAAUUUCUAUCGCUAUAUUCUACUUCCAGUUAUAGCCAAUACCCUGUCCAGUGGGUAAA